CGUGUGGAGGCGACGGGUGCUGCGCAUGCGCAGAGUGACUGUUGUCUCUCGUGUCGAGAGGGGCGCGAGCAAGGCCUGAAAUAAACAUCAAAGGAAGUGAAUUAACGCACGCGGGAGGCGAGCGGGACUCGGCGCGCGGGCUCGGUGGAGAGGAGAGGAGAAACACCACGGCGCUGAGAUGGCGGAAGCAGCAGCGUCGCAGACGUCCACACAAGCCCGACUGCAGCAAGGCCAGAGCGGGGGGUCGGCGGGCUCAGGCUCGGGCUCAGGAAGCAGCAGCAGCGACCCGGCCCGGCCCGGUCUGAGCCAGCAGCAGUGGGCGAGUCAGAAAAAAGCGCAAGUCCGUGCUUUCCCUCGGGCUAAGAAGCUAGAGAAGCUCGGGGUGUUUUCGGCUUGCAAGGCCAACGAUUCCUGUAAGUGUAAUGGAUGGAAGAACCCUCAUCCUCCGACGGCCACCCGGAUGGAGCUCCAGCAGCAGGCGGCUGAUCUGAGCGAGGCCUGCCGCAGCUGUGGUCACGCCCUCGCGGAGCACGUGUCUCACCUGGAGAACGUCUCCGAGGACGAGAUCAACAGGCUGCUCGGGAUGGUGGUGGAUGUAGAAAACCUCUUCAUGUCUGUGCACAAGGAAGAAGACACCGACACCAAGCAGGUCUACUUCUAUCUGUUUAAGCUGUUGAGGAAGUGCAUACUCCAAAUGGGCAAGCCGGUAGUGGAGGGCUCACUGGGAAGUCCACCGUUCGAGAAACCUAACAUAGAGCAGGGGGUGUUAAACUUUGUGCAGUAUAAGUUCAGUCACUUGGCUCCUAAGGAGAGACAGACGAUGUAUGAGCUGAGUAAGAUGUUUCUGUUGUGUCUGAAUUACUGGAAGCUGGAAACGCCGUCUCAGUUCCGCCAACGCGCUCAGAAAGAGGACGCGUCUGCCUACAAAGUCGACUACACCAGGUGGCUGUGCUACUGUCACGUGCCGCAGAGCAACGACAGUCUGCCUCGCUACGAGACGUGUCAGGUGUUCGGCCGCAGUCUGCUCAAAUCUAUCUUCACGGUCACCCGCAGGCAGCUGCUGGAGAAGUUCAGGGUAGAGAAAGACAAACUGCCCCCGGAGAAACGCACGCUUAUUCUCACACACUUUCCCAAGUUUCUUUCCAUGCUGGAAGAAGAGAUCUAUGGUGAGAACUCUCCUAUAUGGGAUGCUGAAUUCACUAUGCCAGCUAAUGAGGGAGCGCAACUGGGGCCUCAGACUGUGUUGAGUCCGGUGGCGGUUUCUGGUUCUCCUCUGCGUAAAGGCGCCGGUGGCCCUGCUCUGGACACGGCGUCCUCCGAACCCGUCACAGGAGAGAAGAGGAAGUUACCAGAAGCCCUGACACUGGAGGAUGCUAAGCGGAUCAGGGUGAUGGGCGAUAUCCCUAUGGAACUAGUCAACGAGGUCAUGAUGACCAUCACUGACCCUGCUGCCAUGCUGGGUCCAGAGACAAGUCUCCUGUCGGCGAAUGCAGCGCGUGAUGAGACGGCGCGUCUGGAGGAGAGGAGAGGCAUUAUAGAGUUCCAUGUGAUCGGUAACUCGCUCUCUCAGAAGUCCAACAAGAAAAUCCUCAUGUGGCUGGUGGGCCUGCAGAACGUCUUCUCCCAUCAACUGCCCCGCAUGCCCAAAGAGUACAUAACACGCCUCGUCUUCGACCCGAAACACAAGACUCUGGCUCUGAUUAAAGAUGGCCGUGUGAUCGGUGGGAUUUGCUUCCGGAUGUUUCCCACUCAGGGAUUCACAGAAAUCGUUUUCUGUGCUGUUACUUCAAACGAGCAAGUGAAGGGUUAUGGCACUCACCUGAUGAAUCACCUGAAGGAGUAUCACAUCAAGCAUGGCAUUCUUUACUUCCUGACCUACGCCGACGAGUACGCCAUCGGUUACUUCAAAAAACAGGGCUUCUCCAAAGACAUCAAAGUGCCAAAGAGUCGCUACCUCGGCUACAUCAAAGACUACGAAGGGGCCACCCUGAUGGAAUGUGAGCUCAAUCCCAGAAUCCCCUACACGGAGCUGUCACACAUCAUCAAAAGGCAGAAAGAGAUCAUCAAGAAGCUGAUUGAGAGGAAGCAGAGCCAAAUCCGGAAGGUGUACCCCGGCCUCACCUGCUUCAAAGAGGGAGUCCGACAGAUACCUGUGGAGAGCAUUCCAGGCAUUAGAGAAACAGGAUGGAAACCCAGCACCAAAGAGAAAAAUAAAGAACUGAAGGAUCCUGACCUUCUGUACAACAUACUGAAAAACCUUCUGGCCCAGAUUAAAACACACCCAGACGCUUGGCCUUUCAUGGAACCGGUGAAGAAGUCUGAAGCUCCAGACUAUUACGAAAUCAUCAGAUUCCCUAUUGACCUGAAGACCAUGACGGAGCGUCUGAAGAACCGCUACUACGUGACCAAGAAGUUGUUCAUCGCCGACCUGCAGCGAGUGAUCACCAACUGCAGGGAGUACAACCCACCUGACAGCGAGUACUGCAAGUGCGCCAACACGCUCGAGAAGUUCUUCUACUUCAAACUGAAAGAGAGCGGCCUCAUCGAAAAGUGACCCGGGGGGGCGGGGUUUAAAGGGACACGACGUGUACGGCAGACAUCACCGAAAAACUCCCACUCAUGUAAAGACAUACAAGAUGGAACAAUCUGAGUUGUCUGUGUGUUUGUGUGAAGCGGCGAGAGUUCACUGGGCAUUAGAGAAAGCAAGGAGGGUCAAAUGGGUUUGGUUUAGCGUUAAUUCAGCAGCGGAGUAAGUGUUUUGGACAUUAUUAUUCUUUCUAUUUGGUGUGUGUAUAUAUAUAUAUGUAUAUAAUAUAUAUAUGCACACACAUACUGUUAAGAGAACAUUCAUAUCCAAUACUCCAUCAUAACAUUUUAUAUCCCAGUGCUGUUGAAUGCUCAAUUCUGAUUGGUCAGAAGGUAUUUGAAUUUUCUACAUCAGCAGCUCUGACAGUGGUGUGAGGAGAUGUUUAUUUAGCAUAUUUGGAAGGAGUCACCAGUGUCAGCCAGAGGUAAAGCUGUAACUUCUAUGUUUUGAGACGUGCGAGAGUUCAGGACGGACGACUCUGCGCUUUCCGGUUUCUGUAUAACAUGACAAGGUGCACUUUAUUUUGACAUUUUUUGGGGGAUCUUAUCAACUUCAAGAGAGGGGGGAAAAAAGACAGCUGCUAUUCUAGAACUAACUUGUUUCUUGGACGUUCCACAAUAUUACACACAACUACAAAUGGAUUAAAAAAAUUUUUUUUUUAAAGUACAUGUUCCGUAAUGAAUAGAAAAUUCCUGAGGAAUAAAACACUUUGCGAUGCAUGGUUAUUGGAAAAUAAUCAACGCUUCGAGUGGUCACAGUAAUUCCGUGUCACUCUGGCCCACAUCACAUCACACCACCCCAUCGUUAUUGAUUAUUUUUCUUCAACAGCAUGUCCAGAACUGUUUUAUUCCUUACAUAGUGUACGUUUACUGCCUACUGAUUAAGCUUUCUUUUGGCUUGUGUAACAGUCACAACAGUUUUCCUCUCUAAACGAUUAGAAACAUGCCGUCUUAAUCUGCGUAGAUGCUACGGAUCCAGAGUGCGCUCAGUAGAUGGUUACACUGACUGCUCAUUCUCGCCAUAUUUAGUGUACACCGAGCCGAAAAUGCUCCACUGGACCCUGGAGUCUCUGGUUGCAUAUGUGGUUGUGUAAACUGGUGUGAUUAACAACACGUACUGCUCCUGUAGGAGUCGAGGCCGGUUCUCAAUCUCAGUGAUGUGUUCUAGUAUGUAUUCAUUGUCUUCACGUUUUGGAUUCUUAUCAAAUCAGGGUUUUUUUUUUUCUUUCUUUCUUUCUUUGCAUUUCCAUAUGUGCAAUUCCUCCAGUGAAUCCAUGUGGAAACCUCACUUAGGGCUCCUUGCCCAUGUCAUCGAACUAGUGUAGUUCUUCUCUGGACUGUAUGAUCAUGGCUACCGGUUGUGUACUACAGGUGUGCAUCGAUUUCAUUUGUAAUAUCAGAGCUCUGAGUCUCGGCUAAUCUUCUCCGCCGUUCUGAUGUAAUUGAGCUAACUCGAGAAAAUAAAUAAAUAAAUAAAUCACAGGCGUGAUAGCAGCAUGCGUUACAACAGUUUGUGCUCGGUGUAUAUGUGCAACAUCACGACCUAAAAUGUCAGUUUAUCAGAUACUAAUAUAUUAAUGCUCAGCAUCAGAUCGGCGCGUCCUGGGUUUGCACUUCUGGUCGUUUGCAAGUAUAAGCCAUAUUUAUCACGACAAUAUUUCUUCAGUGCUUUUGAGAGAUCAUGAUGUCAUGCAAAUCUCCAUUGUAAUACCGUGAGCUGAUUUUUUUAAAAAAAAUCUUUUACAUAGUAUCUGUGCCAGAUAUCUGAAUUUUCAUUUCUAAGCUCAUCUUUAUGUUUUACGCAUCAUUUCAAUAUGAGGGGAAAACGUUCACAAAAAAGCUUUUCCCGAUGCGAGUGUAGACUUUUCUGGACACUGUGUCUGUAACCUGGAGUACUUUCAUGAAAGUGUUUUGUUGAAUGGUUGGUUAUAACAGAUUAAUACACACCUUACGUACCUGUCUGUGACUGUUCCCGAUGUUGCAUGAUCUCAGCAACGUUACUCUUUGCAUUAAAGAAUUAAGCUUACGACGUUACCUGGCAAAUUUUGUUCUGAGGAGUUUUGCGCAGUGAUGUUGAAAUUCUAAGUGGGUGGUUCUUCACUCUUAUUGUUUUUUAUUUUUUUGUGUUUUUUUUGUUCUCUCUCCAUAUAUUGGUUACAUACUUGAAUCAGACUUGGUGUAAUGCAGUGUUCAUAUCAGGCUGGUUUUUUUUUUGUUUUGUUUUGUUUUUUCUACACAUCCUGUGUAAUGAUAAAGUGUAAAAAAAAAAAAAAAAAAGAGUAAAAAAAAUCGGGGAAGUUCAUGGCUUUGGUUAAAUUUCGGUGCAUUUCUUUGUACUGUAAUUCUGUUUAUAAUAAAAAUAAACCUUUUUAUAAGUUACCA